AUGUCUCCCGGCAAAAAGGCAUUGAAGUGUCUCGUCGGAGCGUGGGGCUACAUCAAUGCGACGCUCUACAACACCGCCACCGGUGACAUAGUUACCGAUGACUGGGGCUAUCCCGUCCCCUCUGGAAUGGAAGUCUUCACGCCGAACGGCUACACUGCUUUAAUCGCCGUCCCCAACGAUAGGACGCACCCUGAGCUGCGGCCCGCCUACCUCAACCCAGGCGACCCCUCGUCAGGCACUGAUGCUGAAUGGGCCUUGAUUGGCAAAAACAGCCUCGUCGGUGCCGGCCCGUUCCACUUGUCCGACGUUACCGAUGGCCACGACGAGUGCGAGGGCCCGCAAGGCACUAUGUCGGGCUCGAUUUGGACCUCUACGCUGCCGGGUCUCGAGCGUCCGUUCAAGUUCUCGUUUAAGUUCUAUGAUGAUUGUUCGGUGUGGGUUCUGCAUGAAGAUAUGGGAGAGGAUUUGGAGCGGGUUGUGUGGUAUUACGCAAAGGAUGAUCAGGAUGUGUAUGAUGACUAG